CCGACACAGUCGGUUACGCGCCACCGAUUAGGCUCGCGAUUUUCGCAUGAGCGGACAAACCGAGAGAACACGAAGAAAGAAUGAACAAAUGAAGGAGAGCAAACUAAGCUAAGCGUUUUGGGGAUGGGGCGUCCAAGUAUCGAAUCCCGCCACGAGUCAUCGGCCCCUGCGAAUAUGUGGAAUGUAAGUGUGAUAAAUACUAUGGCAUCUGUGCAGGCCGAUCAUGAAAUAUCAAAGAAUAGGAGCUUUGCAUUGGAUUUAGGGAUUGAAGAAUGUGAUAACAAUCAUUACUGGCCGAUGAAGCUGGAUGAAAUCAUGGCGCAAGCUGGUCAACAAGCCGACAUUGUACUGGAUGUUGAUAAUGAUCGGAAUAAUCUUUUGAAUGAGCAGGAGUGGGAUGGUUUCGGCAAGAAAAAUAUUCGUAACACUGGUUUGUUUUCACCUAGAUUGAAGCAGCCUCUGGGAGAAUUGAAGGCGGUGAUGCUGGAUGUUGAUAAUGAUCGGAGUGGUCUUUUGAAUGAGCAGGAGUGGGAUGGUUUUGGCAAGAGAAAUAGUUGUAAUAUUGGUAUAUUUUCACCUAGAUUGAGGCAAAAUUUGGAGGAAUUGAAGGCGGUGAAGAAUCUUUCGCAUGAGCUUAGGAGGGUGAAGACCUUUUCUCAGGAAUUUGUCAAGACGGAGGCGAAGAAGUUGAGUAAAACUGCGACUUCUGUUGGCUCUAAAGUUUUAUCGGUUGGAAGCCCUGUGAAUGGGACUGCUAAGCCUCCCCGGGCUUCUCCUAGGGGGAAAUUACUCGGCCAUCAGAAAUCUGGAGCGGAAAAUGCUUUGCACGGAUUAAGAUUUAUAAGUGAAACGAGUGAGAAAAUGUUUGCAAAUGCAAAUGCAGAUUUUAGUGUGUUUUGGAAAGUUGUUGAAGCGCGGUUUCAGAAGCUUGCUUUGUCAGAUGAAUUGCUUUCCAGAGCUGAUUUCGGGGCUUGCAUUGGCAUGAAAGACUCGAAGGAGUUUGCAUUGGAGCUUUUUGACACCUUGACGCGAAGGCGUGGUUUACAUGCGCAGUCGAUUAGUAAGGAGGAGCUUCAUAAUUUCUGUUUGGAAAUUUCUGAUCAAAGCUUCGAUUCUCGACUGCAAAUUUUCUUUGAUAUGUGUGAUAAAAAUGCCGACGGACAAAUAUCAGAAGACGAAGUUAAAGAGAUUAUCAUGUUGAGUGCAUCGGCGAACCAGCUUUCAAGAAUUAAGGAACGAGCAGAAGAGUAUGCUGCUUUGAUAAUGGAAGAGCUGGAUCCAGACAAUAGGGGCUACAUUGAGCUAUGGCAACUGCAAACAUUGUUGCUGCAAGGCUCAGCCUACGGUAAGGAAAGUCACACUGACAUCAGUCGGAACUUGACAGAUGCAUUGGCUGUUCCAAAGAAGAAUCCGAUGCAAAGAUUACUGCAGAGUGCCAAAUAUGUAGUGGACGAGAAUUGGCAGCGGGCGUGGGUGAUGGUUCUCUGGUUCGCCGUUAUGACUGUGCUUUUCGUUUGGAAAUUCAUACAGUACAGAAACAAAACCGCUUUCAAAGUAAUGGGAUACUGUUUGUGUACAGCCAAAGCAAGUGCAGAGACGCUCAAAUUCAACAUGGCGCUCAUUUUGCUCCCCGUUUGCAGGAACACCACUACAUGGCUUCGCUCCACGUUCUUAGGAUCCAUUAUUCCUUUCGACGACAAUAUCAAUUUUCACAAGACGAUCGCUGGAGCCAUUGCUGUAGGCGUUCUCCUUCACGUCGGGAAUCAUUUAGCCUGUGAUUUUCCAAGGAUUGUUAGCAGCAACGAGGAGAACUAUAAUCUCUAUCUGAAGCAAUACUUCGGCAAUAAAAAGCCUGAUUAUAAGUAUUUUUUAAAAAGUGUAGCAGGAAUAACAGGCAUUGCUAUGGUUGUUCUGAUGGCGAUCGCGUUCGUACUCGCAACCUCCUGGUUCAGAAGAAAUUUAGUAAAGCUUCCCUGGCAUCUUAAUAGAUUGACUGGAUUUAAUGCCUUUUGGUACUCGCAUCAUUGUUUUGUCUUGGUUUACAUCCUGCUUAUUGUUCACUCCAUUUUCCUUUUCUUGGCCAAAGGUUGGACGCGUAAAACGACUUGGAUGUAUAUUGCCAUUCCUCUGCUUUUAUACUGUGGGGAGCGCACGCUAAGAACGUUUAGAGCAGGCAAAUAUACCGUCAAUAUUGUAAAGGCUGCAAUUUAUCCCGGAAAUGUUCUAGCUUUGCACAUGUCUAAACCUGAAGGCUUCAAGUACAAGAGUGGAAUGUAUUUAUUUCUUCAGUGCCCCAGAAUUUCCCCAUUUGAAUGGCAUCCAUUUUCAAUCACCUCUGCUCCUGACGAUGAAUACAUAAGCGUGCACAUCAGAACAGUUGGAGAUUGGACCCUCGAAAUGAGGAGAGUAUUUUCAGAGAUAAUGAAACCACCUCUUGCUGGAAAAAGUGGCCUUCUCAGAGCAGAGCGCAUCUCACCAAAUGACGCAACAUUACGGUUUCCAAAGCUUAGGAUCGAUGGACCUUACGGAGCUCCAGCCCAAAAUUAUAAGAAAUAUGACGUCGUCCUCCUGAUUGGCCUUGGAAUCGGGGCUACUCCUUUCAUUAGUGCUCUCAAGGACAUUUUAAAUAAUACCAAGAUUGCAGAACAGCAAUGUAAUGAGUGGAGUGGCUCUAAAAGAAAGAAGGCUCGAGGUCCCACGUCUGCUCAUUUCUAUUGGGUCACAAGGGAGCAAGGUUCAUUUGAUUGGUUUAAGGGUGUCCUCAAUGAAGUUGCUCGGCUAGAUCACAAGGCAGCCAUAGAAAUGCACAAUUAUUUGACAAGUGUUUAUGAAGAAGGAGAUGCGAGAUCAGCUUUGAUCACAAUGCUACAAGCUCUGAAUCAUGCCAAGAAUGGUGUUGAUAUUCUUUCAGGAACCAGGGUCAAAACACACUUUGCAAGACCGAAUUGGAGGAAAGUCUUCUCAAAUGUGGCUGCUUCGCAUAAUGGCGCCAGAAUUGGGGUUUUCUACUGUGGACCAUUAAUUUUGGCAAAGGAACUAAAGGCCUUAGCUAAAGAUUUCAAUUACAAAUCCAAUACUACCAAGUUUGAAUUUCACAAAGAAAACUUUUAGUGUAGACAUUUUUUAAGGCAAACUAGAUGCAUAUAUUUCAAUGGUUGUACCUUUUUGACUUUUUUGUGAAAGAAAGUUAAAUAUAUUCUAUUUCAUGAAUCGGACAAGACAAGCGCAGAGUUUUGGCAGCUAUCCAAGGUUAAGUAUGAGAUAUGAUACCAUCCCCCGAAUUAGUGGGAAUGCUAUGUAGAGAUCUUGUAUAUAUUGUCGAAAAAGGAGAGAUGUAAAUUGCAGAUUCUUUCAAAGUAAUUGAAUAUUUAUUGUAUUUUAAGGCCAACGUUUGGUCUUAUAAACAAUGCUUCUUGAAGCGAUUGUAUUCGUCAAGCUUUGUAUACUCGGAAGAAAUUAUUCUUUUUAAUUGUAAAAUUCCAUUUAAA